UCCUACUCAAACAGGAUGAACACACCUUCAUUUGCAAUAGGAAGUGAGGCACAAGCACAGACUAGCUACUUUAACCAGGCAGAUUUCAAUUACAGUAUGGGAGAUUCUCAACACUUCACGCAUAGAAACCCAAGUUAUGUCAAUUUAGACUCUCAGGAUAAAGAAAUGUAUACAGAAGCCCUUCCCACACUUGCUCCAGUGCCUCCAAAUCUGCAUUCUUCUAACAGCACUUCAGUGAUGGAUCAUUCAACACCUCUCAGAAGAUCGCCACAGAAAUCUCAGAAUACAGAGCAUGACCUUGAGAACAUUGUUGAAGAUGGAAGUAUUUCUGCCUUUUUCAUUUUAUGUUAUCUAAGAUAAAUUCUACAUAUCAAACUCCAUUCAUUCCUUUGUUUCAAGAAAAUAAGUGUUCGUCAAGAAAAUGAAAAACAGAAAAUGAUAAGCAAUAUGUUUCAUGGUUGUUACAGAUGUAUCCAGAAGCCCUUCCCACACUUGCUCCAUUACAUUCCACACCUCUCAGAAAAUCGCCACGGAAAUCUCAGAAACACAGCAUGACAUUGAGGACAGUCCAAAGGGUGUCGACGAU